AUGGCUGCGCUUCUCCCGCAAACACGCCGAUUGCUCGCGCGCGGAGACCAGGUGCGCGUGGAGAAUUUGAGCUCCGAAGCUCAACAGGAGCUGAACGGGCUCGAGGCGCGCGUGGUAAAGUACCACCCCGACGCGGACCGCUACGAGGUGCGCAUCUACGACGAGAUGUUGACACAAUUCCUCAAAGCAGCGAACCUGGCGCCGCCUCCGCCGUUUGCGGGCGAGGCCGGGUCGACGACGAUGCACGUGCUCAUGACGUGCCACCUGGACUCGCCGCGCCGCGUGCUGCUCUUCCGACGAUGCGCCCAGAGCGUCUCCUUCCAGCAGCGCCUUCCGGAAAUGCUCAACGUCUUCGUGAGUCUCAGCGGCCCGCUACGCGGGGGCAACGGUUCGUGCUCCAUGAUCGAGAGCCUCCGCGCGCUCGCGGACCAAAAUCCCGCGAUCCGCUGGCACGUCCUCGACGACGGCCACGAGAAGCGGUCCCAGUUCGAGCACCUCGACGACCUGCUCAAGGCGUCGAUGGAGCUCUGUUCAAGCGCGUGGCUCAUGUUCCUGGACAACGACGUGAUGUGGCACCCAUGGCGGGUUCCCGUCUUCCACAACGUUCUACGACAACAAGUCGCCGCGGGCAAGGGUGCCGUGCCGUUCAGCAUCCCGUGCAAACUGUUGCUCAAGAAUAUGGCCGGUGACGACGGCAGACUCGACCAGCUGAUCUGCGGCUACGACAACUUCGACGCGUGGAAGCAGGAUCCCGUGCUCGCCAGUCAGAUCACCGAAAUGUCCAACUCUCGCAAGAAAUCCCGUGGCUCGUGGCUCAUCACAAACUAA